GCCCCGGCGUGCAGGGCCCGGCAGCCGCCAUGUCCGGCCCGUUCGAGCUCUCGGUGCAGGAUCUCAACGACCUGCUGUCGGACGGCAGCGGCUGCUACAGCCUGCCGAGCCAGCCCUGCAACGAGGUCACCCCCAGGAUCUACGUGGGCAACGCGUCUGUGGCACAAGACAUACCCAAGCUGCAGAAACUAGGCAUCACCCAUGUGCUGAAUGCUGCUGAGGGCAGGUCCUUCAUGCAUGUCAACACCAAUGCCAACUUCUACAAGGACUCCGGUAUCACCUACCUGGGCAUCAAGGCCAACGACACGCAGGAGUUCAACCUCAGCGCCUACUUUGAAAGGGCUGCAGACUUCAUUGACCAGGCCUUGGCUCAAAAGAAUGGCCGGGUCCUCGUCCACUGCCGGGAAGGUUACAGCCGCUCCCCAACCCUCGUUAUCGCCUACCUCAUGAUGCGUCAGAAGAUGGAUGUCAAGUCUGCCCUGAGCAUCGUGAGGCAGAACCGUGAGAUCGGCCCCAAUGAUGGUUUCCUGGCCCAACUCUGCCAGCUCAAUGACAAACUAGUCAAGGAGGGGAAGUUGAAACUCUAGGGCACUCCUGCUGCCUCUUCUCUAGAGGCAGGGAGGGGAGGCCCUGGUCCAGGUGCCCCAAGCCACCAUGUUUAGGAAACACAGUGUACCCUGCUCCCAGCAUCACCAGGCACUUGCCCACAAGUCUGUCCCAACACAGCCCUGGGCCACUUUCCCCCUGGGGAGCAUAUAAAGAAGCUUGCUAAGGAA